AUGGGGUAUCCAGCGAGCAAUCGAGCAAUCGACAUCGACCGGCCAUCGCAUAAUGACACGAAAUUCGACAAUUUUGACGAGAGCGAAACCGUGUCUGCGGAUACUAUUGGAAAAGAAUACAGUGUUGGGAAGAUUGUUGUGAAAGAUCCGGGAGUGACAAUCGCGGUCAACAUCCCAAAAACCCGCCGGACGUACUGCAAGGGCAGGGACUGCAAGAAGCACACCCAGCACAGAGUCACCCAAUACAAGGCAGGCAAGGCCUCGCUAUUCGCCCAGGGUAAGCGUCGUUAUGAUCGCAAACAGAGUGGUUAUGGUGGUCAGACCAAGCCCGUGUUCAGGAAGAAGGCCAAGACCACCAAGAAGGUCGUUCUCCGAAUGGAAUGCACAGUCUGCAAGACCAAGGCACAGCUCGCAUUGAAGCGAUGCAAACACUUCGAGCUUGGGUAUGUCGUUCCUGUUGUCAUUUUCUCCUUCUUCUUCUUCUACUUUAUGCUAAUUACCGUGUUCAACAACAGUGGUGACAAGAAGACCAAGGGUGCCGCCCUUGUUUUCUAA